GAAAAAUCGGAGGACGAAUCAGGCCUGAGAAGCUUCUUUGAUCCCCUAGUAUUUCAUCGAUUUCGUCUCUCUCCCAUUCCCUUCUUGCUCCAAAUGCCUUCGUGAUCGGGUUUUUCUUAUUCCGAUCAGUUAAAGUUAGGGUUUUUAAUUUUAUUUUUCUGAUCCGAUCCCUCGGGUUACUUGAAACAAUUGGUGAUGAAAUCUGAAGCGUGAUAUGAAAAGAUCUGGAUCUUCUCGAACAGACUUGAUGCCAGAACUUGCGUUGCGUGGUUUCCGAGACAGCUGUUGAUGGAAAGAGAAACAGAGCCAAGUUUGUCGGAAAAGCCGAGAAGAGGCGAUCGAGAGGAUGUCAAGAUAAUCGAGUGGGAAGAAUUCGACCAUGAGCUCACACGGUUAUGGAGUCUUUCUUCUGCUCUGAAAUUAGCCACAGAGAAGAAGCUAAGCCUGCAGCCGAAACUCGACUCUCUUAUUCAGCCCGCGGAUUAGCGGGCGGCCAAAAUUUUGGGCAGGUUAGUGCCGAAUCAUUGAGACGCACUAAUGAACUUGAAGAAAUGCGUCAGAGGCUGGAAGCAAGAAAACUGCUUGUGGACAAGACAUCAAUUGCUUGUAAAGUCACUGAGCAGGAUGUUAAAGAGAAAGAGGAGAAUCUCAGUGCAGAAGUGAGAUCUUUGCUAGUAGGCGGCACAACUCUUUCCGUCGCUAAAAGCAAAUUGCAGGAGUCAAACUGCCAACUAGAAGGAGAAAGUGGUUAUGCACAUCUAAAGAUUGUAACGAAUAAGCUGAGAAAGAGGCAACAGUUUAUGGUAUCCCUAGUUUCGUUUAUCUAUCCCUUGAAGAUUGAGGCAGGACCUUCGCAAGACCAAGAACUGGAAUCAUUUCCAGGUGGCAGUAGAUUAGUAGGAACUAAGCCUAUGAGUCAAGGAUCCGUAAGAAUUCUGGGGCUGCCUUUUAGUAUGGCCCCAUUUACAAAGAUGAGCUUUUUCACCGACAAGAAAGAAGUUCAGAAGUCGGCAACCGCCCUAGGAUAUGUAGCUCAUGCCGUGUUCCUAUUAGCUCCUUACUUGGGAGUGCCUAUUCGUUAUCCUUUGCGCCUGGGUGGUUCCAAAACUUAUAUUCGAGACUAUGCACCUUACAUUGAGCCUUCUUCAUCAGACAUUUCUCCGAUUUCGACUCUUUCCCAAAACACUAAAUUUGUAGAGUUCCCUCUGUUUCUGGAUGGUCAAGAUACAACUCGAGCUGCGUACGCUGUCUUCUUAUUAAACAAGAACAUCGAGCAACUCCUGAACUUUGUGGGGGAAAAUAGUCUAGGACCUCGUCAGGUUCUAGCAAACCUCAAGGAGCUAAUCCGAAUCAUCCAGUCUCCAAAUUAUAUAGAUUCUUGACGAUGAUGAUGAUGACAAUAAUGAUGAUGAUCAGAUAUCCAAUACUGUUUUCUCCUCUUGUAGAUGGAUCCAUUCCUUCACACACAGCCUUGGUGUCUCUUUUUUUUUUUUUUUUGCGUCUUUUUGAAGUCGACACUUUGUGGGGGUAAAAGGUCAGAUUAUUUAUUUGUUAGAAAACCAUUAGACAUGGUUUUGUUUUUGUUUCCUUUAGGAUGAGACUCAUCUCUCUAGGUGUGUGAUGUUUUUGGUUUGGAGAAAAUAAACUAAAAAGCUUAGUGUAGUUUCUUCUAAAUUCUAACUGAUGUAAUUUUCUUUUUCUUUUUUCCUUGUAUCAUUUGAAGUAUGUUUCAAUUUGUAAGUUAAUAAGCAUUUUUUUC